CAUUAUUGUCGGUAAGUGCUGUAUUACGUGUAAUUAACCGUUGAAGUAGUACACACACCAGUACCUGCUUUAGACGUUUCAAGUUUAAUUACAGUUAGUUAACUAUUGAAGAAAGUACACACACCGGUACCUGCUUUAGACGUUUGAAGUUUAAUUAUUUUGUCCUUUGUUGCCAGGAUAUCACUUAUAGUCACGCUGGUACAUAAAUAUUUUCUAAUUAAUUCGUUUUCAGGCUUAAUCAGUUGUUAGAUUCUGAUAUUUCUAAAAGUUGUAGUCGCCCAAAAAAGGGUCCGUCGUCAUAGAAUAGUGGUAUUCUUAGAUUGUGACAGUACGAGACUGCUUAUUAUUUGGGUUAUCUUGAAAUCAAGCUGGGUUCAUUUUUUAUCUUCGAGAAACUACAGAAAUUUAUAGAAAAAUUGUCACAGAAACGUCCAAUAAGAAUGCGCCGAAAGCAAUUCUGUAGGAAAUUUUGUCUUAGUGCCCUAAAGUGACUGAUCUUAGUACCAUUAGCUCGCAAGAAUUACACAGGGAAAUAAACUUGUAGAUGAAAUAUACAUACGCGUAUUUGGUAGUGCCCUCUAUGUUUAUGUAUGUAUUUUUAUAGCAAUGGUAUGUCAAGAAGUCAUCAGAAUUGUAAUUUCACGUGAAGGUUUUUGGCUCCUCUUUGGUCCUUAUCUUGCUAUCUUAGAAUCACAUCCCAUUUUAUUGAUUUUGAUAUUGUUAUGUACAUGUUCUCAGCCUUUAUUUUAAAAAUAAAUUUUUAUGUAGCUUUGACUGGCUCAUAUAUUUUACUUUUGUUCUGCUAUUGCAUCACAGAGAAUAAAAUUAAAUAUAUAAAAGAUCUUAUGAUCCCGCUGAGAAGUCAGAAUCUGUUUUGUAUGUUAAGAAUUUUUGUUACCAUGACAUCUCCUCAUGUUUAGAACCAAGAAAGUAUUAUAAAAUUUUCUGUAGUUUUCUUAGAAAGGCAAAGUCUUCUAUUAAAUUACAUGAAAAAUUUUAAAAUUUGAAACUUUAGGCUGUAAAGCAGACUGACAGACCAUGCAAACAAAAUAAUAACUCUGUCAUCAGGGUUACAUUUAUAUGCAGGCAGGCCAUAGGCUGCUUGGACUAGAGCUCCAGAACAUCUUCACACAAAGAUGUGAUGGUUGCUGAAUGCUUUUGCAUAACAUUAUUGAGAAAUGUUGUUGUCUAAUGAAAAACCAGAGUUCUCAAACUCUGGUGAAACCAGCUCAUCAGUGGAUGAACAGUUACUAGAGAAUGUCAGGCCUAACCUCAUAAGUAUAACUUCAUCUGGUUCCUAUUCAAGUAAUCUUUUUUCUGAUAUGGGAAAUCACAAUGCUGAUCAUUCUCCAACAGAUCUACAAAAUAUGGUGGAAUUACAAAGUCUGGACAGCCAUGUAAUUUCUCUUAAGGAUGUAGAAACUUCCUUAGAUUCUUUUACUGUUAUAUUGGAGGAACCAAUAAAAUCUUCACAGAAUAGUUUAAAUGGCAAUGCAACCAAUUCAAACAUUUUGCAAAGUGGAGAGGGCUCUCACAUUUGUGCAUCUCCAAGUAGACAAAGGAAACACUCUGUCAAUACUCCAGAUCUUCUAGAAAACUGUUCACAAAUAUCAGCUGAACAAAGCAAUGGUGGAAAAACUCGUGCUGAAACAUUUAGAUAUCUGAAACGAAACUGGUCAUCAGUUCAAGAUUUAUCAACUCUGCCUUUUUAUUCGCAAAAAAAUGAACCCGAAUUCACAUAUUUAAUACAUAACCCGUGCCAGUCAUCUACAACAAUUUCAUCAGUUCAGAAGUCUAAAGAUUCUGGCUUGCCACGCUCCCUGAGUUGUCUUAGUCUGGGGAGUGGUGUCAAACCGUAUGAUCAUGUUCAGAGCAAAGUAAGAGAGUACAUCAGUCAGAUAAAGAAAACUGAAUCAGAAAGAAAGAAAAAUAUAGAAAUCUCUUGCAGCAAGAGGGAAGAUGGGAAAUCUUUCCACAGUUCUAUUCAGCAGGAACCUGAAGAGGAUUUGCGGCAUAUCAUUUGCAAAUUACAAGAAGAACUAAAUGAUAAAAAUAACAUAAUAUCACAAAUACAAGAAAACUAUGAUGCAUUGCUAAUGAAGUAUGCGGAUGCAGAAAAUAGAAUUGACAGGUUAAGAUUUAAGGUAAUUGAUUCAUCUGUCGAAGAAAUAAGAUCCCAUAGAACACAAGAUGAUUUCAGUAUAUGGAACAAUGAACAUAGCAAAAGCUCUUUAGUAAAUCAGUCGUAUUCUGAAAGAGCUGGUUUUCUUGAUCGUAAUUUACAUUUGAGGCGAAAUCUCUUCCAACGUUCAUUUCUUUCAGGCAGUAGUAGUCUGCCUUCUGCUGCCAACAUGAGACCAAACGGCCAAGAGAACUUUCUCAGAAACCUUAGUAAUGAUGCCAAUUUCACACCUGAACUUAAGACGUCAUCAGAUUUCCUUGCAGUAAAUAGAAGACUGCAGGAGGACAUAGCUUUGCCAUUUUUGGCCAUUAGUACUCCCAAUCAUAGUUUCAGCAAGCCAGAAUCCUCAGCUGAAUUUCAACAAUUGUGUUUGAGAGAAAGUGUUACAGAACUUGAAAACACGGAGGACAAAGCGUCAGUAAACUGUACGGAAGAUUAUGUCGUGAGAAGAGAAGAAGAAAAUCUUUUGUCUGAAGACAUUUUGCUGAACUCUCACAUCCCACAUAACUUGUCUUUGGGAGAGACUAAGAAUAUAGUCAGGAGUGGUGACCAAGAGACAAUUGCAAACAUCUGCAGUGUUGUUUCUGACGGAUUGAGGGAAACAAAGUCAUUUUUCUCAAAAGAUUUUUCUGAUAGUGAGGAACGCAAAGCAAGUUCCUCAGAGAACUCAAUUUUAAAGGUAAAGCAGUGGCAGGAAUCCUUACCACCACCAGAACAAAUAGAGCCUAGUUGUUAUGACACAUUGCCAAAUAACUGCUGCAACAGUAUCAAAGAAACUUCUAAAAAUGAUUCUACAAGAAAAGCAAAAAGAGGAAACUCAAAGACAAAAAAACAUUAUGAUACUGAAUUUACUUGUCUGGAAGAAAUAAAACUUCCUAAACCUGUUUCUCAUCAGAUUCCAUUUGCCUUUACAGAACACAGAAAGGAUUCUCCAAAUGGUAAAAACUUGCUUACCAACAGAUCAUUCUCAAAAAAUUUAAUCACCAACAUUGGUUUAAGUUACAAACAAUUCUUUCGAAGUGAACCAGACCUACGACUGAUUAUGAACAAGUCCAGUGUCGACAAUGAAGCAAAAAGUCACUUUGGAAACAUUAUGAAAAUUAGUUCUCAUAGAAUGCCUACAAACACUACAACCAAGAAAACUGGAGUAAAGACACUGCCUGGCACUUAUUGUGAAAUUAAGCCUCUUCGGGUUGAACCUUGUUAUUGUUGGGAUAAAAGUGCAUUGGAUGUAGAGAAUGAGUCCCAUUUGAAACACUGUGACAGUUCCAUAAUGUUGCAAGAGAAUAACAUUUCAGAACAUACUGUACCUCACCUAAAACUUGGAGAUUUCAUGGAUAUAAAUAUGGGUAACUUGAAACAGAAACUGGAUGUAAAUGAUAUGCAUAAUAGUGACAUACCAUCUUUCGUGUACUCACCCAGUUCUAGUAUGUCGUCUACUGCAGUUUAUUCUGGCUGUAAACAUAAGGAUGUAGGGAAAGAUGUGAAAACUUUUGAUGACUCUUCGACGUCAUACAAAAAUAUACAACGUAGAUGUACCUCAGUUAACAAAAGACCACAUGGUACUGUGUUCUGUUCGAAAACAGACAGUAACCAGUACAAAUCUGCUCAGAAUGGAUCUUGUCCAUGUGUGUGUCAAAUGGAUAAUUUGUGCCAUAAUUGUAAAAAUAUUGAACAACACAAGAAAUAUGUGUUGAGUACACCAUAUUGUGCAGCUAAUAGUUUUUGGUGUAACUGUUGCAGCCAUGUUGUCCCAAAGCACAGCUGUGGGGUUAAUACUGAGACUACUUUACAUACCAGGAUGCCAGAACACACAUCACACAAGUAUUCAUUAGUUCCUUCUUUCUGUAGCUGUGGUGUCAACACAGAUAAGAGAGAUCUUACAGACUCUUCAACAUUUCAUGUUGAAUUUGUUUCCAGUGCGAAUGACAAUUCUCAGAAGAAGAAACGUGAUUCGGGUGAUAAUAAUGGGGUUGUAGAUAAAAUCCGCAAUAAUUUUAGCAAUAAAGUGCUAUUUGUGCAGCAUUCUCCAUCUGCGACAAAAAUGAGCAAUGAGCAGAGUCCUUCAGCUGUUGCAGCCAUUACAGAUCAGGAUGCCCGUGAUUUGGCGCAGUGUUUGGAAGAAGUAAAUAACAUAGCUAGUCUUCUCAAGGCUCAGUCAGAAUCAAUUAUUGAAGUUGUUACAGCAAAUUUGGCAGACCACAUGGGAAGUGGAGAGACUAGAGUUUUUGAUGUAUCUGGUAUACCUUAAGCUUUUUACUAUUGAUUUUACAAAUAUUUAUUGUAUAUCAGUAUUACUAUAAAAUGAUAUUGUAGAUUAUUGUCUUGCUUAUCUUAGAUUUUUCUCCAUCUGGAAUUGGUUGUUAAGCCUAAUCUGAAAUUUAAUUAUGUGGAAGAGAUAGGAAAAAAAAUUGCUGUUUUGAAUUUGGGUGAGUGGAGGCAUGAACGUAAUGCUUACUGGUGUUAAACUGUUGUUUGGGCACUACUGGCCACAAAAAAAUAAUCAAAGAAAUUACUAUUAAAAUAAAGUCUCACUUAACUAGGUGAUAUACCAAAGAAGUUAAAGUAUUACAAAAAUCAUUGUAUUUAUCCAGGUGUGGUAACCACAGUUCCACACAUGGGUUAUUUAUGUUAUAACAUUGAGGCUUGUGAAUAAACAGUGCCAUCAUGACAUUUGAUAAAGCAUAGUGUAAGAAAAAGGGACAAAGGAACUUUCUUUAGGCUUUUAUGGAUUUAGGUUGCCCUUUUGUUUUAAAUUUUAUGGAGAAGUGAGAGAUUUCAGAUUAAGGUAGUCUUCUUCUGUUAAGGGCGUGUAAAAGAAUAACUUUUUCUUUUUUGAAUCUGAAAUGGACCUGCAAGGUUUAUGUAGCUUCCAAGUGAUGUAAGAAUUCAGUGAUCAGAUUUAAAGACAUGAAAAAAGUUGUACCAGUAUUUUAAAAGUGACUAUUUUAUUUCCAUUUUUUGUCAUUUCCUCCAUUACACUGUUAGACUUGCCUUCAACACCUUGUCACUUUGUGAUGGGUCACUAUUUAGUUACAAAAACGUUUUAGAGGUGCCAAAGUGAAGUGUGAUAGUUCGUAGUGUGUUUCCCCCUAUACGAAUGCGCAAAGUAAAACUUCUAAUAUUUCCGGUGCCAUAUUUUUUAGGCAUUAAAAAUUAACAUAAUUUGCAUGUAUCCCAGCAAAGAUGUGAAAAUAAUUAGAACAAAAACUGAGAACACAGUUUCUCAGCAUAUAUUGGAUCUCUGUCCAUCAUAUCAGAUUCAUACUUCUGCUCUUCCAGCACAAAUUAUCUCACUGUUUUGUAACUGCUGAAAACACAGCAGUUGGGAACUAAAGCGGGUCACCAAUCUACUGAUUUUAAUUUGUGGAAAUUUAUGUAUCCCGUCCGAAUAGCUUGUGGAUGGUGAAUGAGCACCAUUGUAUAUAAAGGCAUCGACCGUCGUCCAACAUAAGUUCACCUUGUUGCAGAACCUAUAAACAAGCCUCAUUUUCAUGUUGUGAUUAGGUACAACUAUUAGUCUUUUACAGGUGCCAAGUAAGCAGUAUGUGGUAUGCAUUUACCAUUAAUAUUGUUUAAAAAUAUAGUACUUAAAGUUCCUUGUGGCCUUCAGGGGGAUAACAGCCCAGUUUAAACAUGACGAAAGUUCCUCGCCCUCACAAGUAAGCUUUUAAGCUUGUUCUCUGCUCACCAGAGGUUAAUUUUUUUUUCCCUCACCCACUAUAUGUGUACAAUUAAGACUGAUAAAUCAGAACAGUAUUAUGAUUGUGAUAUGUUUUUAAAAUACUAUUUAUUCAAAAGACUAUUUUGUUUUUAUUUUAUUCGUGUUAUAAUUAUAGCUGAUGACUUUUUUUCUUGCCAGUUGUUUUACCUUACCUGUUAAUUUUAUAUAAUACCUACUCAAAAUUUUAUAUAAAAUUUGUAUUAGCUAUAGUUGAUGAAUAAAGAUUCAUACCCUCUCAA